GUCAAAUGGCAGAAGGAUGACAUGGAAAACAAUUUGAACUUCUUCUCUGUCUCCUCGGAUGGGCGGAUUGUUUCCUGGACUUUAGUUAAGAAUGAGCUGGUUCAUACAGAUGUCAUCAAGCUGUCAGUAGAGGGAACAACGAUGCAGGGGCCAGAGGGGCUGCAGCUGCAAACACUUGGCUGUGGGACAUCAUUUGACUUUCACAAAAAAAUAGACUAUUUGUUUCUCGUUGGUACUGAAGAGGGAAAGAUCUACAAGUGUUCAAAAUGCUAUUCAAGCCAGUUUCUGGAUGUGUUUGAAGCCCAUCACAUGGCUGUGGACUCAGUCAGCUGGAAUCCCUACCACCCAAAAGUCUUCAUUUCCUGCAGCUCUGACUGGACAGUCAAGAUCUGGGAUCACACCAUCAAGACUCCGAUGUUUGUUUAUGACCUGAAUUCUGCUGUUGGGGAUGUUGCCUGGGCCCCUUACUCCUCCACGGUUUUUGCUGCAGUCACCACUGAUGGCAAGGCCCAUGUGUUUGAUCUGAGCAUUAAUAAGUAUGAAGCUCUCUGCACCCAGCUAGUAGUGGCCAAGAAGAAAAAUAAAAUAACCCAUAUCCAGUUUAACCCUGUCUACCCUGUUGUCAUCAUUGGAGAUGAACGAGGCCACAUUACCUCCUUGAAGCUCUCUCCCAAUCUGCGCAAGAUGCCCAAGGCGAAGAAAGGCCAGGAGGUUAAGAAGGGCCCCGAGGUGGAAAUUGCAAAGUUGGACAACUUGCUUAACCUGGUGAGAGAGCCGGAGAGCAAGGCAGGGAAGUGA